UGAGCACCGUGAGCGACAAGGGAGUUGCAAUUUGAAUUUUACUGGUCCACUUCUUUAAUCAAGAAUGGGUCGAAGCUUGGCUUUGGCAUUGAUAUUACUGUGCCUUGCGAUAAGUGAUGGUGCCCGGAUUCUCGGCUAUUUUCCUGUUCCCGGAACGAGCCACAUGCUCGUCUUCUCCGCAUUGACCCGGGCUCUGGCUGAGCGAGGUCACGAACUAGUGGUGGUUAGCACCUAUCCCCUGAAGGACCCGCCGUCCAACUACACGGAUAUUAGCAUUGCGGAAAGCAUGGAAGAAUAUUUGAAGGCAUUCACCGAUGUGAAUCUGUAUGACUAUGCAGACGAAUAUAUCAUAACUGUUCCAUUUGCGUACUGGUUGGAGGCUAAAAACAUUACCGAGUUAUCUCUGCGCAAUUCAGACGUGCAAAAGUUAUUGAAAGACGAAAGAGGCUUCGACCUAGUCAUUGUUGAGGACUUCAUGUGUGAUUCUACCUUUGCUUUGGGUCAUCAUUUUAAGGCACCGAUCGUACUAAUUUCUUCCAUGGGAGGAUUCCAAUGGUCCAACGAAGCAGUGGGCAAUCCAAUAACGACAUCGUACGUGGCAAACAGCGUUCUCCCCUUCACUUCUAAAAUGAACUUCUGGGAGAGACUAGUCAACACGGCCUUUAAAAUAUAUUGGGACAUAGGAAGCGAAAUUUUUUACUUCCCUUCCCAAGAGAGCCUUAAGAAAGAAAUAUUCGGACCUAAUGUUCCUCACGUCAAGGAUCUGCGUCGCACCGCCAGUUUAGUUUUGACCAAUAACCACUACGCGUUCAACCAACCCCGUCCCCUGGUGCCAAACUUUGUUGAGGUUGGGGGAAUGCACGUCAAACCACCAAGCAAACCUCUUCCGAAAGAUAUCAAAGAGUGGCUAGAUGGAGGCAAAGAUGGAGUCAUAUAUUUUUCUAUGGGAUCAAAUUUGCAAGGAAAAUUAUUCCCAGAGGAAAAGAGGAAGGCUUUGGUUCAAGCGUUUGCCGAGCUGCCGCAAAGGAUUUUGUGGAAGUGGGAGUCUGAAUCUAUCCCUGAGCAGCCAAAGAACGUCAAGGUCGCGAGCUGGAUGCCUCAGCAGGAAAUAUUAGCCCACCCAAAUGUUAAAGUAUUCAUCACACAUGGUGGAUUACUGAGUGCUCAGGAGGCAAUGUACCACGGCGUUCCCUUGAUUGGAAUCCCAGUUUUCGGCGAUCAAAAAUUGAACGUCAAUAGGGCUGCCAUGAGCGGUUACGCUUUGCGGCUUGACCUCAAGAACAUAACCAAAGAAUCUGUCCUUUGGGCAGUAACUACUGCACUUAACGAUAAAAGUAUGUUAGCUGAAGCCCAGAAAAGAUCGAAAAUUUUCCAUGACCAGCCGGAAAAGCCUUUGGACAGGGCCGUAUAUUGGGUGGAAUAUGUGCUCAGGCACAAUGGAGCUCAUCACUUGCGGUCCGCAGCACUCGACCUAAAUUGCUUCCAACUCGCCCUCUUGGACGUUUACGCCUUUCUCUUAAUAAUUGUUGCUGUGUUCGUCUCUAUCCCGAUCAUUACAGUUAAGAAAUUGUGUUGUAAAAAGUCAAGUAAAAGUAAUUUAGCCGUAACUGGACGUAAAAAGAAGCAGUAGCAAAAAAUUAAAUGAAAAUGAU